AUGCAAACCAUUCUGACAGAAUUCCUCGACAGGCUGCCGCCGUCGGCACUGACUGUGCUGGCGGGCAUUGGAGCUCUGUUUGUUGCGACCAAGGCCCUGUCUUACUUCCAGUUCCUCCUGAGCGUCUUCGUUCUCAGCGGCACCAGUCUUCGCAAGUAUGGCAAGCCCGGUAGCUGGGCCGUUGUCACCGGUGCCUCCGACGGCCUGGGCAAGGAGUUCGCUCUCCAGCUUGCCAGCAAGGGCUUCAACGUCGUCCUCGUCUCCCGAACCAAGUCCAAGCUUGAGGCCUUCGCCGCCGAGCUUGAGCAGAAGUAUCCCAAGGUCCAGUCUAAAAUUCUGGCCAUGGACUUUGCCCGUGACGAUAACGCCGAUUACGACGCCCUCGCCGCGACCGUUGCUGGUCUCGACGUCGCCAUCCUCAUCAACAACGUCGGCCAGAGCCACAGCAUCCCCGUCUCCUUUGUCGACACGACCCGUGAGGAGCUGCAGAGCAUCGUCACCAUCAACUGCCUGGGCACCCUGAAGACGACAUCCAUCAUCGCGCCUAUCAUGGUGCAGCGCAAGAAGGGCCUUAUCCUGACCAUGGGUUCCUUUGCCGGCUGGAUCCCCACCCCCUACCUCGCCACCUACUCCGGCAGCAAGGCCUUCCUCCAGCACUGGAACAGCUCCCUCGCCGAGGAGCUCAAGCCGUCCGGCGUCGAUACACAGCUCGUCCUCAGCUACCUCAUCACGACUGCCAUGAGCAAGGUCCGUCGCGCCAGCGCCCUGAUCCCCACGCCCAAGAACUUCGUCAAGGCCACGCUUGGUAAGAUCGGAUCAGGGAGCUACCAAAACUGGGCAUACACCUACACCCCCUGGUGGACGCACUCAAUCAUGGUCUGGGCUCUCGAGAGCACUCUCGGUACCGGAAACGCCCUGGGCAUCUGGUACAACGGAAAGAUGCACAAGGACAUUCGCAGGCGGGCGCUUCGCAAGGCCGAGCGCGAGGCCAAGAAGGCUUAA